AUGUUUCCGCUUUCCUCACAGAAUACUGUCCGAGGUUGGCAGUCACCAAUACAUUCACCUAAAUUAGCAGCAAACUUCAGGGCUGAAUUCAAUCCCUCGGGAAGCGAAGGAGAUCUAGAUCAUUCACCUUGUGUUUCUGCUGACGACAUCGGCACUAAUAAACAGGAAUCGGUAUUGGAAAUUCACGAAAGAUACAAAUGGAGACGAGCUAUCGUUGCUGUUUCAGUUGCGAGCCUGAUCACUUCAAUUUUUUUUUCGGCUGCUGCAUUUUACGGCACGGCUACAACAGAUAGUUCUUCUGCCCUUGCCACUGCGCUCGACACUCUCCUCGCAGUUUUCAGUACUGCUGUUGUUAUUUGGCGCUUCCGGGACUAUUCGAAUGAGAAGGUCAUGGGGCCAAGGAGGGAAAGAUACGGAUCAGUUGCCUUUGGUAUCGCCUUUACUUUCAAUGGUCUCGUAACAAUUAUAGUAUCUAGUUUUAACUUGGAAGAUGAAAAAAGACCCAGACAUGCGAACUUAUUGUGGUCUGCUCUUCUUGGUUUUAGCAUUACCUACUGUCUUUUAGCUACUUUGGAGUUCUGGAUCUCUAAGAGAUACCAAAGUUCAGUUCUCGUUUCUUUGUGUAUUGACGACGCAGUCACAAGUGGUCUUUUGCUGGGUAUGGCAAUAAGUACUUUACUUGUGGAUCAAUACACUUACGUGUGGUAUUUAGAUCAUAUAGUCGCCAUUGUAUUGGCAGUUGUUCUUCUUGCAAGUGGUGUUAAGAUUCUUAUCGAUAUUUUUGUGCGCAAAGAACUUCCUUUCCAGGUGUUGGGUUAA